GAAAAAGAAAAAGAAAAGCAAGCAUUUUUUUUAUUUCUAUUUUAUAUUCAAUUUCUCACCAGAAUUUUGAUUUCCAGAUUUUCUUGGUAUUGCAUUCUAAGAAAAGUAAUUUCUUUUUCCAGGUUUUCGAUUUUUUUAUUAUUAAAGUUUACUCUUUAGGAACAAUUUCUAGUGAAGUGAAGUUAAUUAUAAUCGCGGUUCCAGAUUCGUUUCCGAUCUCGUUUCUGGAUUUUGUUUCGUUGAAAAAUGGCGAAGCGUGGAUAUAAGCUGCAGGAAAUUGUGGCUCAUACGGCAAAUGUGAAUUGUUUAAGUAUAGGAAAGAAGACAUGUAAACUUCUUAUUACAGGUGGAGAUGAUCAUAAAGUAUAUGUUUGGGCAAUUGGGAAAACCACUUCUUUAAUGAGUCUUUGUGGUCAUUCUAGUCCGGUUGAAUCGCUAGUUUUCGAUUCCGAGGAAGUUUCGGUGCUUGCUGGAGCAUCUACGGGUGCGAUAAAGCUUUGGGAUCUCGAAGAAACUAAGAUGGUUCGUGGAUUUACCGGACACAGAUCUAAUUGCACGGCCAUGGAUUUCCAUCCAUUUGGUGAGUUCUUUGCUUCUGGUUCCAUGGACAGAAGUCUAAAGAUAUGGGAUAUUAGAAAAAAGGGGUGCAUACAUACAUACAAGAGCCAUACUCGAGGCAUUAGUUCGAUUAGAUUCUCUCCUGAUGGCCGCUGGGUAGUUUCGGGUGGAUUCGAUAAUGUUGUAAAGGUGUGGGAUCUAACUGCUGGGAAACUCUUGAAUGAGUUCAAGUUUCACGAAGGACAUAUUCGUUCCAUCAACUUCCAUCCUCUUGAGUUUCUCCUUGCCACAGGUUCAGCAGAUAGAACAGUGAAAUUCUGGGAUUUAGAGACCUUUGAACUGAUUGGAUCUUCCAAACCUGAGGCUAAAGGGGCUCGGUCAGUUACCUUUCACCCUGAUGGGAAAACCCUUUUCUGUGGAUCAGAUGAUGGUUUUAAGGUUUACUCAUGGGAGCCAAUAGUUUGUCAUAAUUCUGCUGAUAUGGGAUGGUCGACACUCGGUGACCUCUGCAUAAAUAAAGGCAAACUUUUGGGUUGUUCGUAUUAUCGAAAUUCGGUCGGAGUUUGGAUAGCAGAUAUAGCGCAUAUUGUGCCAUAUGGACAAAAAGAUCAUAUGGAGAAAGCAGGGAAUUUCAUGAGGUCAACUUUGGGAUCACGGCCCUUAUCGCCUGAUUACGAGACAAAGGAAAUUAAGAACAUCUAUGUUGACACUGCUGGUGGUUACCCCGUUGUUAUGCAAAAAGAUGUCUCUUUGAAAUCUCCGAAACCGGUACUGCCAUUGGAUGCCAAUGAAAAAAAUCAGGCAGCAGAGAACCAGAGUCCUGGAGCAGGACUUAAUAUUAAAUCCAAUGGACAAUCGGGUGACAAGUCUGUUACCAAGCCGAGUGUUGUUCUGCAGGAUGUCGAUAAAGACUAUACGAAUACCGGAGAAGAAUCUAUUACCUUUUCAGGGACAAAAUCAGGCAUGUUGCUCAAACCAGGUCAUGUUAGAAGACUAUCUUUCAACAAUUUUGAGGUUGAAAAGCUGUCAGCUGCAGUUGAACCCGGAACUCAUAGUGAUAUGAAAACUGGGUUAGAUAGUGCAAUUGAUCUGGAUUCUGAAACUAGGACAUCCCCUAAUCAAGAUAUUUUGGCGGUUGUUCCAGGGACAACGCGUAGUUUGGUUGAGAGGUUUGAACGACAAGAGAAAUUGAAUAGCGGUCGCGAUCUUGCAAGUGAUAAUGGGAACUGUGCCGGAAAUCGAAGUUCUAGAAUGGAAUCAACUUGUAGCUCUAAGGGUAGCAUUACUGGAGAUCAAAUUUCUAGCCAUGCAUCUAGUGGCAUCGUUACUGCCAUUUCUAUAAAGGAAUCAACAUCUGCUUCGGAUGGUAUCAUUUUGAGAAAUCAAUUUUCUCAAAGGGAAGCAACCUCUGCUACAAUGACUGGAAAUCACAUUCCUUUGAGAGGAUUGAAUUCUUCUAAUGAUGAGAAUGUCAGUAUUAUUGAAAGCCAAAUUCCAAAGGGUGAACCAAGCUCUGCUACCGAUGGAAGCAUAACUGAUAACCUGAUGCAAACACACGACAUAUUCGUAAGCACUCUCCGGUCACGCUUGACAAAGUUACAGGUCGUGCGGCUUUUUUGGGUAAAGAAUGAUAUCAAAGGUGCAAUCGAUGCCUUACGGAAGCUGCCAGACCAUUCUGUGCAAGUAGAUUCGAUCAGUGUUUUCAUGCAAAAAAUGGAGAUUCUCACCUUAGAUCUGUUCUCUGGCCUACUUCCGGUGCUUACCGGCUUAUUAGAUAGCAAAAUCGAAAGGCACGUAAUUGUCUCGUUGGAGAUGCUCCUGAAGCUUGUAGCAGUUUUUGGUCCUGUGAUACGCUUAACUGCUUUGGCUCCACGCAGUGUCAGUGUUGAUCUUCACGGCGAGCAAAGGCGAGAAUGCUGCAACCAAUGUUCCAUGCAACUGGAGAAGAUUCACAAACUUCUCCCACUGCUCCAAAGGAGAGGUGGUACCAUAGCUCGAUGUGCACACGAACUGAAUCUAGUUCUUCAAGAAUGACAAUGGAAGUUCCCGACCAGGCACCAUCUAAACCGUUUGCUGCCGAAGCAUGAAAAAUUGACUCGAGUGCAGUGUUUGCCGGUUGUGACUUUACUAUAUUUUGCUCUGCCUGCUUUUGGUGGUAGUCGACUGCUAGCUCGGUAAGCAUCGGCACUCGAGCCGGUUACAACUUGAAGAUGGAAAUUGCCUUGUCAUUCUUUGAUGCUAUAUAUUGUUGUUUGUAAGCUCUUCGUUAAAAAAAUGUACGAAUGCAACUCUGUAAGCAUGUGCCAAUGCAAAUAUUCUCCUGUUAAUAUUCUGUGACAUACAUACAUACAUACAUACAUAUUGUUUUAAUCUUCAUUUGAUGGUGCCAAAUGUAGGCUUUAUUUGGAA